AUGGCUUUUCAGAAUGUUCAAAAUAAAGAAAUGAACUUAGUUUUAUCAAGUGAUGCGAAGCCUCGACUGAAAUGGACUCAAGAACUGCACCAACGAUUCGUUGAUGCAGUCGAGCAGAUUGGAGGAGCAGAUAAGGCUACACCAAAAUCCUUGAAGAGGAUGAUGAGCAUUCCUGGACUCACUUUGUACCAUCUCAAGAGUCAUUUACAGAAAUAUAGACUGGGAAAAAGUCAACAAUCACAAACCUACAACAAAAAUCAACAAGAAGACUACAGAGAUGAUAAUCAGAGGAGUCACUUCCCUAACAAGAUUUAUGAUGGAGUGCAAGAUAAGAUUAAUGAAAGUUUGCAGAUAACUCAGGCUUUACAAAUGCAAAUGGAGGUGCAAAGGAAUCUCCAUGAACAAAUCGAGGUGCAAAGGCAUUUGCAGCUAAGAAUUGAAACUCAAGGAAAAUAUUUGCAGUCAGUAUUGAAAAAAGCACAAGAGACUCUUGCAGGAUAUAGUUCUUGCUCUAUCGAAAUGGAAAGUGCAAGGGCAGAACUUUCUCAAUUAGUAUCAAUGGUAGACACCAAUUUGUGUCUUAGUUCUUCGUUGUCUGUUUUGUCAGAGAGUGAAGGCUCAAUCUUAAAAGAUGCUAAGAACAAACUUUUGGGACACAAUGGAUAUUCAGUUGAAAGUUCUUUAACGUCAUCUGAAAGUUCGGGGAGAAAAGAAGAAACUCGACCAUUUAUGGACUUAAGCGAGCCUCGAGGUAAUGGAACACCAAAAAGGAGCAGAAAACUUGAAGUUGAAGGCAAUAACGAAAAGGUCCAAAACCGAUAG